CAAUUUCCACGUGACUCCACCCGAAUAUAAACAAACCUCGGCAAGAACUCACCGUUUGUACUAUUAACAGACAACACGAAACAAAGGAAUACAACAGACAUGUCCCUCUCGCUCGUGUGCGCUCUCGUGGUGGUUGGCGUACUUGCAACUUGCUUCUGUGAACCGAUCAACUUCAAGAAAUGCGAUGGAACUCCAGACAUAAAGUCUGUUGAUAUCUCUCCGUGCACAGCGCAACCUUGUAAAUUUCAUCAUGGAAUGAAUGUCACCGUUUCUGUAACAUUUAUCGCAGCGAAGAAUUCUGUGGGCUUAACUGCUGAGAUCUACGGAAUACUCUCUGGUAUACCUAUCAAGUUCAGAAUGCCAAACCCAAAUGGCUGUCAGUCCAGUAACAUCACGUGUCCUAUAAAAAGUGGGGACCAGUACACAUACAGUGGCCUUUUCAAUGUUCUUCCCACAUACCCUAACAUACGACUAACGGUGAAAUGGGAUUUGAAGGCGGACGACAAUAGCUAUCUAUUUUGUUUCUUGUUUCCUAUGGAAAUUGACACGUAAUGUUCUGUCACGGUCCUUAUCAUCAAACUACUGCAUAUGCAUCUUCGCUAGCCAAGGGUUUACGAUCCACUGUGCUUCUCUGUUGUAGAGGAGCAGAAUGGAUCGUAAACCUUUGGCUAGCGAAGAUGCUGUAUAUGAAUUCAUGCCAUUUUUAAAAUAAAACCAUUUGCAUUU